UAUGGUUGUCGACAGUCCACUGGAUGACGUUUAUAUCUGUCAUUACAGUUUGACAUGUGUUGACUAAAAUAUUUUAAAUAAUUUUUCAAUAUGACUUUUGUUAAAUCAUGGGAAGAGUUCGAAAAAGCAGCAGAAAAACUGUAUUUGCAGGACCCAUCGAAAGUGCGAUAUUCAAUGACUUAUAAGCACAAUAAAAAUGUUUUAGUUCUAAAAAUGACUGAUGAUGUUGUAUGCCUGCAGUUCAAAACCGAAAUAGCCCAAGACGUGCGGAAAAUAGACAAAUUUUUAAAUAAUUUACUCCGCCAUAUGGUUUCGAAGGAACGCUAGGUUAAGAUUUGAUAAUGACUGUAUUUAAAUGAAAAUUAGAGAAUUAACUUCUCUAAUAUUUAUUAUAAGCACUACAGUGAAAUAUUACAUUAAGUUAUUUGUUAAUAAAUUUUUUACAAUGUA